UCUUACUUGAAUUUGAUUGGUUGAAGCGUCACGGCGUCUGAAUCAAGCUAAUGCAAGUCGUCAGCGUGUGUGUCUCUGUACAUUUGGAAAAUGGCGAGCUGGUGUGUCCGAGCAGUGAGACAGAGCUACUCUGUGUUAGCGUCACCUGCACUGAAGAGAGCACCUCCACGGUUGAUGUGCACAGCCACCCAGCAGAAGAAUGGCCCCGGGUCGGUGGAGGAGGCUGAGAAGACGGAGCAGAGCACAGCAGACAAGGUCCUUACUGAGGAGAAAGGCCAGCUGGAGGAGCAGCUGAAGGAGAUGACAGAUAAGUAUAAGAGAGCUCUAGCAGAUACAGAGAACCUGAGGACCAGGAGUCAAAGGAUGGUGGAGGAUGCUAAACUAUAUGGCAUCCAAAGCUUCUGUAAGGACCUCCUAGAGGUCGCUGACAUCCUGGAGAAGGCCACGGAGAGCGUCCCAAAGGAGGAGGUGACGAGUCAGAACCCUCAUCUGAAGAACCUGUAUGAUGGCCUGGUGAUGACCGAGGUCCAGAUCCAGAAGGUCUUCAUGAAGCACGGCCUGGUCAAGAUCAACCCUGAGGGCCAGAAGUUCAAUCCCUACGAACACGAGGCUCUCUUCCAAGCCCCCGUGGAAGGCAAAGAGCCCGGGACCGUUGCUGUGGUAACCAAAGUGGGCUACAAGAUCCACGGUCGCACCCUCAGACCGGCAUUAGUGGGUGUGGCCAAAGCUUCCUAGGGCUGAUUGGCUAAUAGAAUAACAAAGUGGGAUUAGCCUUGUUGCCAGGGUAAUGGAUGACAACGGACUCAGCAGACUGUCCAAGGCCCUGCUGUCUUUUCCCACAAAACAAUCCUCGCACUCUGAGACAGGACCAGCAAUGCAAACGUUCCAAGUGGACAGUUUUAACUCCGUCUGCCAGUGGACAGCCUGUUUAGUAUAUCUGUUUGUCAUCAACAUUGUGAUUCAUUCAGGAUCUGUUAGAAAACAAAGAAAAGUUAUGACUGUGGAGAGCAGAUUAACGCCAUUAAACCAUAAGUUUAAAUAAAGGCAUCAUAAGUUACUGUUCAUAAGUGAGGGGUAAGACGCAUUCAGUAAGUGGUACAGCUGCUGGUGUCAUUCCAAGCUUCUGUUUUAACAGUUGUGAUUUCGUGUUUUGAGUUUAAACUACUUUCUGAAUUAAAGCUGAGGUGAUUCGAUGGAAAAGCCCAGAUGUUACUUCAGACUCUCAGUGCAGUUUAAGUAAAAAUUAUUAUUUUAUCAUCUAGAUUUAUUCAGGUCCAAUAAACAAGCCUCAGGCAGUGAUGUAAUGUGGCUCAUUUAAAAAUAUGAAUGUAUAUCAGCUUAUAAGAGUGAUCUGAUUUCAUCCAGAUGUCUGUAUUGUAAUAAACUCAGUAACGCUGUAAUCUGUGAAGGCUUUUUUAACUCAGAUUGGAUCCUGAGCCUCAGUGGUGUGAAAAGUAGCAACGGUGGAUGUUGAGGCUCCUACAAGUAUACUCUUCCUCAUACCUUGGUAUCAGCAUCUGUAGAUCUACUGUAGGAGAAAAAGCACAAGAUGUUGAAGGUUAAUUGAAAUGAAGCAGUAGCACAGCGAUAAAGAGUUUUAUUACAGAUACAUUUUGUUUCCUAUACUGGGGUAAAAACAGAAAGAGAACUGGAAUAGUGGAUAAUGUCUCAUUUAAUCAUCCUACACACAAUGCAUGGGGAACAUCAGUAUUAAAAUCAUAUAAGUCUCAUUAAAUAAAAUAUGUUUAAGUCUUUAAAA